GUGAUGUGAGUAUUGUUGAGGGUGUGGUACGCUAGAAACUGUGUUGAAAUGUACUAUAGUUUUGGAUGGUAAAUGUGCUAUUUAAGUAAAUGACAGUUAUGUAUAGUUGUUUAGUAGCACUUUGGGUACAUCAUUAACCCGUUUUUGUUCAGUUUUAACCAUAGGAAAUUGUACUUUUGAAUGAUAAUAAUAUAGUUUGGGAUAGAUUACAAACAUUUUGGGCGCCUCCCUAGGGAAGUGUUCCAGGCACGUCCAGCUGGGAAGAGACCGAGGGGUAAGACCUAGGACCAGGGGGAGGGAUUACAUCUCUUCGCUGGCCUGGGAGCGCCUUGGAAUCCCCCAGUCAGAGCUGGCUGAUGUGGCCAGGGAAAGGAAAGUUUGGGGCUCUCUGCUGGAGCUGUUACCUCCGCGACCCUGAUGGAUGGAUGGACAUUUUGUUUGUUACCAUUGCAACACUCCUUCUGAUCUUUCUGUCUUCUCUUUUUGUAAAGUGACGGAUUUUUGAGGGACAUUGUGUGUUUGUUUGUUGUCCUCUGGUAUGUUUGUAUUUUUAUUUGAUUUGAUUAUUUAAAAAUAAGGUUUUCAUGGCAAUGUCAUGAUUACUAUUUAAUUGUAUAAAUAGGACAAUGUUUAUAUAAAUAUAUAUGUAUAUACAGGGACAGUGAUGUGAGCAUUGUUGUGGUGAACGUGAAAAACAACGUGCAAUGGAUGUUUGAAGGACAUUGUGUGUUUUUGUCUUCAGAAUAAAUGCCAGAAAGAGAACACAUCCAUACGACAACGUCGAUAAAGAGUCACCUACAGCUGUGACCUUUUACACAUAUAAUAUGCAGCCACGUCAAAUUGUUAACAUGAAUAACAAUUCUUAACUCAAAAUGAUGAUAAUGAUAAAUGUUUAAGUCGUUUGAAUGUGUUGUCAAUCUUUCAAAAACAAACAUCCCUCUGCAACAUCGAGCCGUUAAUUCACUGAUGUCACAUCCGUAAACAAGACUUCCCCUCGUAAAACAGAGCGGAUCGUACCAUUUCUACUAAGGACUAUAGAGUGUACAAUAUUGUAUUGCAUUGCCAUUACUGGGCUGGAAUAUGUGUAUUUAAUCUUAAAAUACUUCUGAUUUACACUAAAUAUUAUAAUAUGUACUCAUAAACCGUUUAUUUGCCAUUGUUUGACGGUUCUUCACCCCUGUAUAAGAAAUAGUUUCACCUAUUUGUCCUCAGGGCCAGCUGGGGAACUAAAGCCCUUUAAAAGAAGAGACGAGCAUUUACAGGAGGACGACGAAUUUUCCCUUCAGAGUUGAGCUAUUUUAGGUACCAGUCCCCCUUUCUGGAGACUUGAAUGAGCGAUAACCCAAGAUGCCUUUCAAUGAUGAGCGACCUGCCUCCACAUCCGGCGGUGAGAAGCAGAGUAGCGACAUGGAGUCGUCAUCAGAGCGCAGUGACAGUGUGACCUCAACCAGCGACGCCGACUGUUCCCGGGUGAGCUUCACCAGCGACGGCUCAAGCAAACACUGCACUCCCUCCUCAAGCCCACCCAAAACCUUAACUCUGGAUGAGGUCAUGGAGUCUGCCCGAGACCUGUCCAGUCUCUGCAUGGCUCAUGAGAUCACCGUGAACCGCAACUUCCACCUGGAAUUAGAAAGCCUCCCUCAGGGCAGUCUUGAAAAGUUAGUUAGAGAUAAUCUCCACAAGGCCUUCUGGGACAUCCUGGCGUCGGAGCUGAACGACAACCCUCCUGAGUAUGGGCAGGCCAUCAGAUUAUUGGAGGAGAUCAGAGAGAUUUUAUUGUCAUUUCUUAAACCGGGGGCCAACCGGAUGCGGACACAGAUUAUUGAGGUGCUGGACAUGGACCUGAUUCGUCAACAGGCUGACAAUAAUGCCGUAGACAUCCAGGGGCUUGCCUCCUACAUAAUCGCCACCAUGGGCAAGAUGUGUUCACCCUUUAGGGAUGAGGAUAUCAAUAAGCUCCGCGGAAACUCAGAUAACAUGGUGACAAACUUCAGGGAGAUCUUCCGAGUGCUGGACCUGAUGAAGGUCGAUGAAGUAAACUUUGAAUUCGAUAAUCUGAGGCUGUUGCUGCAGAGGCACGGAGUGGAAUGUGAGAGGGAAAUGUUUCAGAGCGUUCUUGACAAAACACCCACUGCUUUGAAUCACACCACCUCAUGGCUAAAGUCAGCCCUGGAGGAGCUGACCAACAACAUCCCCGAAGAGCAGACUCACAGUCGGGGGAAUGGCCAGCUGGUGCCAGGGCCCUUUCAGGCCCUCAACAUCGCAUUCCUCCGCAUCCUCACAUGGGAGAGCGAUAAGAGCCCGCUGCCUGAGACCUUGAUGACCGAUGAGACACGUUUGCAAAAGAUCCAGCAGCAGCUAAAGCAGAUUCAGGCGGUGAACGAGGUGCUGCUCAUCAUCUACAGCACUGUUGGAGGGCCAAUCCAGGGUCUGCCCGCCCUGUCCGACCGCCUGAAAAGGAUGAUCAGUGUGCUGCUGGACGGGAUGCCCAACCCGGACUUUAACCAAGAGGAGGCACUAGAGGGCGUCAGUGCUCAGAUCUGCUCAGAGCUCAACAAGUCUUUAACAGAGAGGAGCUACCCCCCCCUGACCCCUGCACUGCAGUCCACCCUGACGGGCCAGAUUCUCAGCAUCACUCAGAAGGACAACCCCAUCCGCACUCUCGUUGAGGACCGUGUGCAGCAGUACUUCAUGGCACUCAUCUGUGAUCCACAACCUCAGAACAAACUUGAACAAGUACCAGUUGGCUUGACUGUUAUCAAGCCGGAACUAUCAUUGUUGGGAGCAAGGUUCAUCUCCCUGGUUAACUACAAUAAAAGUGUUUAUGGACCUUUCUAUGCGGGUAUCUUACGGAAGCUGAUGUUCAGCAGCAGCCCGCCACAAGCCAUCCCUCCUCAGGACACCGCCCAGGAUUCAGUCACCUCCAAGUAAAUCCAAACUUUGACUCAUGCAGUCUUAGUAGUAUUACUUCUGCUUAAGCUCAGGAGAAACAAAAGUGUCUGCAUGAGUAGCUUUGUGUUUGACUCAUAUAUUUUAGUUUUUACUCGAGUUAAUUUGUCAUACAUUCUAUUGAAUACUUUCACUUAUUAUCUGCCAGUGAAAUACUUGUUAUAUGUUUUUAGUUGCUGUGUUUGUUACAUUUUGAGGUACUGUAGUUGUUACGGUAAUGCUGUGUUGGCUGUUAGAACCCGUUGGGACAUGAGAGAUCCUAAAGCAGAUGUGUACUUUUACAAAGAUUUAAAGUGAAUAUGUGGGAAGUUGUUUUUCUUUUCUUCUGUAGCCAUAUAAUAUAAUCCAUUUUUCUAUUAAAUGAAAAAAUUGAGAGGGAAAUAUUUGGAGUUGCACUUCACACAAUAUUUUUUUUAAACAGCAAUAUGUUCAAUGUUAUCUUGAAAGUUGUACAGUGUAUUAUUUCAUGAUAUUAAAUCUCAUGAACACA